CGCUUUCUUUGAAAAAUAAUCAAUAUAAAAAUGGUACUAGGGAGUAUAAUGCGUUCGGCGACGAGGUUGAGCCGGUCGGGCGUCACCCAUUGCUGCCGAAGAGCCUUUUAUAGCACAGAUAACAAAGGACGCUACUACACAAAGAAACACGAGUGGGUGUCAUUGGAUUCUGGCAUAGGGACCAUCGGUAUUUCAAGUUAUGCCCAGGAAGCUUUAGGCGAAGUUGUGUUCGUGCAGUUACCUGACGUAGGUCGAACGGUGGCCGCAGGCGAUGAGUGUGGAGCCCUCGAGAGCGUCAAAGCCGCUAGCGAGGUCUAUACGCCUGUCUCUGGAACUAUAACAGAGAGGAACGACACAGUCGAAUCAACACCGUCUCUUAUCAACAAAUCCUGCUAUGACGAAGGCUGGCUGUUCAGGGUGAAGCUGUCUACGCCGGAUGAGAUCCAGCAGCUCAUGAAUCAGACGGAAUAUGAGAAAUACCUCGAGGAGUCUCACUGACAUUGCAUUUGCCUUUAACUUUUCUUAUAAGUUAGAUAGUAACGACGUUAAUCUCUGAACCUCAUAUCAAAUUAUAUUUCGAACAGUUAAAUAUAAUUUGUAAACAUGCCGAUAAAAAUAUAAAACUCUUACAAAUAUACUCUAUAACAAUAUAAAAAUACAUGUCCAGUGUAAAAUCACUUGCAGAGUUAAGAAAUUAAAACUUUGCAAAAUAUAAUUUAUAUGAUUUGGAAAACGUAAUAAUUGUACUAUAAAAUUAAAGUUAUUUGUUACCAA